AUGGCUGGCAGCGGGCGAGCGGACGCCCCGGAAAGGGCCAUCUCGGGGACGGAGGGAGCCUUUUCCCGCGGGAAAUGGCGCGCGGCGCCGGUUCCCGCGUCCGAGAUCACUGAUUUUCUAGCCCUGCUGGUUUUCAGGACCGGCGGUGGCAUGUGGGAGAUCUCCCUUUUUGCUUCCUUCCAGGAGGUGCCACAGGAGCAUUUGAGCUCCCUGAGGAAAGGGCGCGAAGAAGCCAAGGCUGAGAGGGAGAGGCAGAGCGAAGACCUGCUGAAGCAGACAGAAGUGGAGAGGCAGAAGAUUGUGGCCGAGUGCAAGGAGCUCCGGGGCUUCCUGGAAGAGAAGGAGCAGCUCUUGCUGUCCCGCCUGGAGGAGCUCGACAGAGACAUCAUUAAGAGGAGAGAUGAGAGCGUCUCCCAGCUCUCUGAGGAGAUUUCCCAGCUUGAUAAGCUGCUGAGUGAGAGGGGAGGAGAGAACGGCUCGGGAAACCAGUCUGGGCAGGGUGCUGCCACUGCUGGAAGCAGCUUUGAGAGCUGGAUGUUUUGCAAGCCGGAGGCUGGCUUUACAGAGCUGGAGAAGAAACUCAAGAGCUUCUCCCAGAAGAGUGCUGUGCUGAAGGAGGUCUUGCUGGAGUUCAAGGAGAAUCUCCGGUUUGAGCUGGAGAAUGACACAGGCGAUCUCUCUCUGGACCCGGACACGGCCAACCCCUACCUGGUGCUGUCUGAGGACAAGAGGAGCGUCCGCCUCCGGAGCGCCCCCCAGGAGCUGCCGGCCAACCCCAAGCGCUUCGACUACUCCUUCUGCGUGCUGGCAGCUGAGGGUUUCAUAGCUGGGAGGCAUUACUGGGAGGUGGAGGUGGGGGACGGAGACAGCUGGGUGCUGGGGGCAGCCCGCGAGUCGGUGCGGAGGAAGGAGAAAAUCGACUUUGCCCCGGAGGAGGGGAUCUGGGCGGUGGGGCUAAACUGGAAGGGGAAGAACUGGGAUCAGUACCAGGCUUUCACCUCCCCAGAGACGCCCCUGUCCCUGUGUGAGAGGCCCAGGAAGAUUGGGGUGUACCUGGACUACGAAGGCGGGUGGGUGGCGUUCUACAACGCCGAUAACAUGGCUCCCAUCUUCACCUUCACGGCCGCCUUCACCGAAAAGAUCUUCCCUUUCUUCUGGCUCUUCUAUGUGGGCUCCUCGCUCUCCCUUUGCAAUUGACCCAUCCGGUUUCUUUAACCCCCUCCCCAAGGUGACCUGCAAGUAGUGUCUGCUCCUGUCCCCUCUUCCCCUUGCUUUCAGACAAGGUCCUAAAAAAAAAAAACCUCAUCAUCUUC